AUGGCGCUGAUAGCGGCGGCCCUGCCUGCAGUUGCAGUUGCAUUUCUGCAGAGCAUCUUUUUAGGCCCAGAACUUCAAGAGGAGUACCGACAUUGGGGUCAAUUCCAACGUCUACGUCAACAUUACCAGGAAACCCCAUUCAACAACCACUCAUACCAAGUGUUGCUCCAUGGAUUUAGGGUCUUAUGUGGGGGCACCCACCGAAAAACGACUUGGCUUCUCGGGCCCAAUUAUCGUAUCCAUGUCACUCGAAUCAUCUCUCCGCAUCGUUCUAUUCUAUGCCGAAUAACAUACGUACCAUUGUACUUUGAUCAUAUUCGAAUGGAUACCUAUGAACGCUUCGACUUGUUGUUGCGUGAUGCUAUUACCAUGCAAAUCCUUCUGCUUUUCGAGGUCCGGAUAUCUGAAUGUACAACACCGUCACAAAUUGGUCGUGUGCUCGAUGAAACAACGAACAACUACCGACCGGAAAUGCAAAGUCCUCUCGGUGCCAACAUGGGGAAGGAUAACCAUUCUCAGCUUGACCUACUACGGCAAAAGUGGCCGCCGGCGAGGGUCCUUGCGUGCACCUCGGACAAGAUCACACCUCAGAAGCUUUUUGAUACCCGUUACUCUUUUAUACUUCCACCUCCCACCUCGUCAUACGCCGAAGCCAUGGAGACCAGAUCGCGAUUUAAGGUCUGGGCUGAUAAAGCCGCCGUUGAGUCUGAACCUGGCUUGACCAGCACCCAGCUUAUGCUUACGAACCAUGAUCUCAAACCCGUCGAAAAGGAGCGCCGACAAUGGGGCCCAUGGAACUUUGUUGGUUUCUGGAUCGCCGAUUCUUUCAACAUCAACACUUGGAUGAUUUCAUCGUCCAUGAUUGUCAAUGGUCUAUCAUGGUGGCAAGCCUGGCUCUGUGUCUGGGUCGGAUACAGCAUCACUGGUAUCUUUGUUGCGAUCAAUGCUCGUUUCGGUGCCAUGUACCACAUUGGUUUCCCUGUUGCCAACAGAACCUCCUUCGGUAUCUGGGGUAGCUUGUGGCCUGUACUGAACCGUGCUGCUAUGGCCUGUGUAUGGUAUGGAGUGCAGGCUUACAUUGGCGGUGAUUGUAUCUAUCUCAUGAUCCGCACUAUCUGGAAGUCAUGGGCCAAUGUUCCCAACACUUUUAGCGAAAACUCGGGCACCGAUACCGCACACUUCGCUUCCUUCUUCAUCUUUUGGCUUGUAUCGCUUCCGGCACUCUGGUUCCCUGUCCACAAGGUCCGACAUCUCUUCACUGUCAAGGCAUACGUUGUUCCCGUGGCUGGAAUUACGUUCCUGGCCUGGACCAUCUCGCGCGCAGGUGGUAUUGGCCCCAUUGUAAAGGCAGGCAACAAGGUCCACGGCAGCGACUUGGCCUGGGAAAUUGUCAAGGGCAUCAUGUCUUCUAUCUCCAACUUUGCGACACUCAUCGUCAAUGCCAGUGACUUUUCUCGAUUUGCGCAGAAGCCCAGAGACGCACUCUGGUCCCAGAUGAUCACGAUCCCCUUCGGUUUCGCCAUCACUUCGUUCAUCGGCAUCAUGGUCUCUUCAGCUUCCUCCGUCCUGUACGAAGAGGCCAUCUGGAACCCCCUUGAUCUUCUGGACAGGUUCAUUGACGAUGGAAGUUCGGGCGAGCGCUUUGGUGUUUUCUUCAUUGCUACAUCCUUCGCCCUUGCACAGCUCGGUACCAACAUUGCCGCCAAUUCCGUUUCUGCUGGUACGGACUUGACUGCUUUGCUUCCCCGCUGGCUCAAUAUCCGUCGUGGAAGUUACAUUUGCGCCAUCGUUGGCCUGUGCAUCUGUCCUUGGCAGCUUCUCAAGGACAGCAACCAGUUCACGACCUACCUCUCGGCCUACAGUGUCUUCCUGAGCUCAAUCGCUGGUGUUAUGGUUUCCGAUUACUACAUUGUGCGCAAGGGUUACGUCGAUACUAAGGAACUCUACGAUGCUCGCAAAGAGGGACCGUACUACUUCACAGGUGGUUUCAACUGGCGUGGCUAUGUUGCCUACGUCGCCGGAAUUGUCAUCAACGUGGUCGGUUUCGCCGAUGCUGUCGGCGCCAAGAACGUUCCUCAGGGCGCGAUCUACAUUUAUCAGCUCAACUACUUCUGUGGUUUCAUCGUUUCAUCAGUGAUGUACUGGGCUCUAUGCAAGAUAUCGCCAGUGCCUGCGACUAGCGAUCGAUGGAUGGAGGUUGGUGAUGAGAUCGAUGACAUCCGAGUCGCUUAUAACUCGAGAACUCCAUCAUAUGACGAAGAGAUUGCAAGGGUCGAGGCGCCAAAAGCAGCCGACGAGACGAAACAUUUCUGAUUUUAGUCAUAAAAAGACGGGAGUUUAUCUAUGGGGAAAUGGUUAUUAUAACGAUUGUUGUUGAUUUUGAGAUAUUUGAAACAUAGCAGCUGCUGCUGAAUGACGAAUGAAUAUAUGGUUUCGAACCAAUUGGCUUUCCUACACUUUGGGUUACUACUGAUGGC